UGGCGCCAAACCUUCAAAACAACUUGAACUCCGGCCAUUUCACCCUUUCUUUUUUGUUUUUCCCAAUUAUUAUUCUCUCUCCUCUCCUUAAACCCUAAACCCUCUUUCCCCAAUUCAAUAACUCAUCUUCCCAAUCAAUUUCAACUUAAAUCCCUAAAAAUGGAGUCGAUUUUACACUCCGAUUGCAAUUUGGGAGCCCUAGAUUCUCUCUCCUCUGAUUCAAUUAAAGAAAUUCUGGAAAGUUGGAGUUGGUUUUGCUCCACCACUGACGCACUUUUGAACGGUAAUGUUGAAGUCGAUGUUGAAGACGAGUUUGUCUCUUACGUGCAUUCUCUCUGUAAUCAUGGCCUUCGAUCGCUCGUCGAAGAUCAAUUCUUUCAAUCCCUUGAGGUAACUUUUGAGACAAGAGGUGCUUCAAGAUUUUGGCAUCAUUUUGAUGCCUACAUCAAUGGUUCAAUGUUGAUGAAUGAAGCGAGUGGUUUAGAGGAAGUACUGUACAAAGCUUUGGAGGAAUUAUCAUUGGUGAAGCAAUGCCAGGAGAGAACUUUAUUAAUGCUUGUUCAUAGCCUGCAAUCCCACAGAGAUAGUACGUUGGAUAAAAAACAUAGCUCAGAUGCAGAAAGAGUGUAUCUUCUUUCUAAUUACAAGCUAAUGGUGUCUUCAGUACUCAUGGCUUCAAUUCCACGUCAGUUUCCUGCAAUCUUAAAUCAGUAUUUUAAGAGACGGCUGGAAGAGCUAAGUACCCUAAUGGAUGGGGGCUUCCAGGAAGUACUUCAUGAUAAAGAGAAUAUGGAUUUGGAUGAGAAACGCAAAUCAUUCUCUGGGGUUGGUGAGAUGGAUAUUGAUGAACACCAUAAUAGGAAGAAGCUCUCUGAGAACAGUUUAUUAGUUAAGAACAUUGGAAAGGUGGUUCAAGACCUAAGAAGCUUUGGAUUCACAUCAAUGACUGAGGAUGCCUAUGCUUCUGCUAUCUUUUUGCUAUUAAAGGAUAAAGUUCAAGAUUUGGCUGGCGAUGAUUAUAGGAGUUCAGUCCUGGAUUCCAUCAAAGUGUGGAUACAGGCUGUACCAUUCCAAUUCUUGCAUGCACUCCUUACUUAUCUUGGCGAUUCUGUCUGCCCUGACAGCCCAUCUUACGGUCUCAAGUCACCGUUGGCUUCACAUCCAUCUUCAUUCUAUCCUGGUGUGGACUCUCCAUCAGAAGGUCUCAUCAGAUGGAAAUUGCGGCUGGAGUAUUUUGCUUAUGAAACAUUGCAAGAUUUAAGGAUAGCCAAAUUAUUUGAUAUAAUAGUGGAUUAUCCUGACAGCUCACCAGCUAUCGAAGACUUGAAACAGUGUCUUGAUUACACUGGGCAACAUUCAAAAUUAGUUGAUUCAUUCAUAUCUGCUCUAAAGUACCGCUUGCUUACUGCUGGUGCAUCAACUAAUGAUAUAUUGCACCAAUAUGUUUCAACUAUUAAAGCACUUAGGACAAUAGACCCAGCUGGUAUAUUUCUUGAAGCUGUUGGUGAGCCUAUACGAGAAUAUUUAAGGGGAAGAAAAGACACCAUAAAAUGCAUUGUAACCAUGUUGACUGAUGGAAGUGGUGGAAAUGCAAGUUCUGGCAAUGCAGGGGACAGUCUCCUUGAAGAGUUGAAUAGAGACGAGGAAAAUCAAGACAGUAUUGAUCUUGAUGAUGAUUUUAAUACUGAUGACAAGCAAGCAUGGCUUAAUGCUCAACGUUGGGAACCAGAUCCUGUGGAGGCUGAUCCUUUGAAGGGUAGUAGGAGCAGAAGGAAAGUUGAUGUACUUGGAAUGAUUGUUGGGAUAAUUGGGUCAAAGGAUCAGCUGGUUAAUGAAUAUCGUAUUAUGCUGGCUGAAAAGCUUCUGAACAAAUCUGACUAUGAUAUUGACUCAGAGAUACGGACACUGGAACUCCUGAAGAUACAUUUCGGGGAGAGCAGCAUGCAAAAGUGUGAGAUUAUGCUUAAUGAUCUGAUUGAUUCCAAGAGAACUAACAGCAAUAUCAAAAAAACCUUACCCAAGCCAUCUCAAGCUGAAGGUGAGGCGGGAAAAUCUGAGUUUUCGCUUGAUGCUCUUGCUGCAACGAUAAUAUCAUCAAAUUUCUGGCCUCCAAUCCAGGAUGAGCCCGUUAAUCUACCAGGGUCAGUGGAUACGCUUUUAUCAGAUUAUGCAAAAAGGUUUCAUGAAAUUAAAACACCUCGCAAGCUAUUAUGGAAGAAGAACCUCGGUGUUGUCAAGCUGGAAUUACAAUUUGAAGAUAAAGCUGUCCAAUUUUCAGUAACCCCACUUCUUGCCUCUAUCAUCAUGCAAUUUCAGGACCAAACUCGUUGGACGUCCAAGGAUCUAUCAACUGCCGUUGGGGUGCCUAUUGACAUUCUUAACCGAAGGAUAAACUUUUGGAUCAGCAAGGGAGUUCUUGCAGAAUCAGCUGGGCAAGAUACCAAUAAUCACAUAUUUUCACUGAUGGAAGGGGCUGACUCUAACCGUACUGGUACUCAUGGGGGCAGUAAUGAUGAACAUCUUAUGGGUGAUGAAGAAGGUGAUAGAUCACUGGCUUCUGUUGAGGAUCAAUUACUCAAAGAAAUGACAAUCUAUGAGAAAUUUAUCUUGGGGAUGCUGACUAACUUUGGCAGUAUGGCAUUAGAUCGGAUUCACAACACUUUAAAGAUGUUUUGUGUUGCCGAUCCUUCGUAUGAUAAAUCACUCCAACAACUCCAGAGCUUCUUAGCUGGUCUCGUUUCAGAAGAGAAGUUGGAACUAAGGGAUGGAAUGUAUGUCUUGAAGAAAUGAUCAACGUCAUGUGCAACUGUAUUAUUCCUUCUGUUAUACAAGUAGGAUUGAGUCAAAAUGGUAUGUAUCUUGACUUUUGUUGUUAGCAUUAUAGGUGUGGCUCAGGAGAAAAUAUGUCUAAUUUUUCUCAUUUGCUGCCUUUGAUCUCAUCACUUGUAUUUUUGUAUAUGGAUAUGCAUAUGAUUUAGAUGUGUAUAAAGUAGGACCGCGUUGGGAUAAGUGGUGAAAAGCGGUAAAUGUGAUAGUGAGCGGUGCAAUAAUAUUCUUUAAUUUGUAGUCCUUAAUUCAAAAAAUGGAAGUAUGAAGAGAUUUUGGAAUAGCCCAAAUAACAUUAUUAUCUUUGUUUUGAGUAAUACUAGACAACUCGGCCGUGGGAUGCUGAUCACUUAAAAAAUUUGGUCUGACUGAAUGAGCAUACCUUUCUGAAGGAGAGACAUGAUUAUGCAAGUGGUGGAAGUUGCAAUGUGAUCAUGGAUGCAUUUUUACUUCUUUGGCUAGGACUUAGGAGUACAUUCUGCAGCCGUUUUUGAAGGACUGUAAAUUCUCAAUAUUGAGGCGAGAAGAAAAGGCCAAACUUACAUAUAUGCACCUUUCUUGUACAUCCAGUGGCAAAUAUUUUUGUAUCUGUAAUUCUGUACUGUAUUUAAGGUUAAUUGUAACUCUUCAGAAGUUAUAAUGUUUGUAGUCUUUGAAAAAUUAACUUAACGUGCUCUAUUGCUGUUUUUAUUUAUUUAUUUAUUUAUUUAUUUAAUCCUUUUUCUUUUUGACGAGGGACUUGUUGCUGUUUUUGAAGUGCUAAAUGAACACAUUCAUACCUCCUCGCUUGCUAGUCGAGUAUUUAAGAAUGGGGAAUGAUACCCUGAUACCUCCACUUUUUAUUAUAUACUUUAUCUGUUUUUUCAUUUUUGCAACACAACUUUUUGGCACGUCAUUUGAGAAAGUA